GCUAAAUUGAGGUAAUUUACUGUUUAAUGACCAGACCUCAUGUUACUGCCUGCUGCCGCUAUGAGAAGUGGAACCUCAGCAGAACCGGGUCAGCUUGAACGAGGUCGCCAUCUGGUUCUGACCCAACUCCUUCUCAGUGUGGACCAGAGUGAGUGCUGCAGAACCUGAGCUCGGUCCUCACAGAGACACACAUUCCACCGACACACACACAAACAAACAUCUGGGUCCCAGCAGCAGCGGAGGCGGGUCCACAGAGACCGAACCAGACAGACGGAACCACCGCUGAGCUGAAGCUGCAGUGGACCUGUAGCCGUGGAUCUGCCUCAGUGGGAGGGAAGCGUGUGCUGAGGACAGAACCGAGCCAGAGACCCGGAGCAGGAUGAAGCGGCUGGUCGGGGUUCUGCUGCUGGCCUCUGCGCUGCCGUCCCUCUGCAGGACGCUGUCGGAUCCGGACCAGGACGCAGAAUGUUCCGACAUGUCUUCCCGUCUUCGAGGCUUCGUGCCGUGGAAACACUGUAACACUACCACUCUAAAGAAGAAGCAGCUGGAACAGAUCCAGGCUCCAACCACCACCCUGUACCUGCCCCUGAUUUACCUGCUGGCCUUCAGUGUCGGUCUGCCCACCAACCUGCUGGCUCUGUGGGUUCUUGUGUUCCGGACCAAACACAUGCCGUCGACCACGCUGCUCAUCAAUCUGACCGUGGUGGACUGCUUGCUGUUCCUGGUUCUGCCGUUUCGGAUAGUUUACCAUUUCAGAGGGAACGACUGGUUCCUGGGGGAGGCUUCCUGCAGGAUUGUCAUGGCAAUGUUUUAUGGGAACAUGUACAGCUCGGUCUGGUGCCUCGCUCUUGUGGCUCUAGACCGAUACGUGGCUCUGGUCCACCCGUUCGGUGCGAAGUCGUUUCGCAGCCGGCGGGUGUCUCUGUAUAUGUCUGUGUGGGUGUGGGUGGUGCAGCUGGCCGCCAUGCUGCCCCUGCUGUUGUCACGGCAGACCUACCAACUGGACGAUCCAAAGAUCACCACCUGCCACGACGUCCUGCCCGAGAGCGAACAGCAGAAGUUCCUCCUGCCGUACUUUAGCACGCUCUUCGUCUUCUGCUUCCUGCUGCCGUUUGUCGUGGUGUUGUUCUGCCACAGCGCCAUCCUGCACACCCUGCUGGCCGAACGCAGGCGCUACAGUCACGCCAUCAGGGUGACGGUGCUGGUGAUAGUGGUCUUCAUUGCAUGUCUGCUGCCCAGUAACCUCCUCCUGCUCCUGACCUACAGCAACGCCUGGCCGGACGCAGAGGACCUCUACGUCCCCUACACCAUCAGCCUGGCCGUCAGCACCUUCAACAGCUGCAUCGAUCCCUUCAUCUUCUACUUUGUGUCCAAAGAGUUCAGACAAAAGAUCAAGAGCGUGCUGUGCUGUGUUACUGAGAGCGAAGACGGUCCAUCCUCCAAGGGGAGCACCCCCUCGUCAGCAGGACAGAAGUCAAACAUCACCCUGCUGUCCAUGACUCCUGACACGGCAGCUAGAUCCCAGCAGGACGACGUGAAGGAGACCUGACUGCUGACCCAGAUCCACCACCAAGGCAGUAUUAUUUCCUGGUUCUGAUCCAAUCAGCUCGUUGUUGUUUGUUUGUUGUGAGACUUUGUUAAAACUUCCAGAAUAUUUCACCAGUUCAUCCCAUAAAACCCAGAAGAAACAAAGUUCCACUUUAAAGGCAUACUAUGCAACAUUUUUCAGUUAAUUAAUGUGUUCCAUACCGUUUUGGAUGAUUAAAUGAGUCA